AUGAGUAAAGAUAAUAAAUACGAAUAUGAAGCCCUCCCCAUUCCUUCCUAUGAUGAGGCUAUCGCUUCCCGCCCCAGCUCUUCCCAAACUCAUCUUGAAUCCGACCAGAUAGGCGAUAACCCUGAGGGACGGGCCCUACUUCAGGAUGAUCGCGAUGCCGCCGCCCGCGCGGCCCCCCAGUCCCGACCGCAUGGAUAUCAUCCUCCGACAGUUGAGUCCGCUCGAAACAGCCUGGAUGAUCUCGACUCCUCAGGUCCGGACUCCGAAAGGGGUUCGAUGGAGGAGCUGCGACGGGAAUUGGAUCAGAUGGAUGUGGAGGAUGCCAACCAACAGACCUCCCAACGCUCCCGAUUACGAUCCCGAUUCUCGAAACCCUUCACGAACCUGACUCGCACCCUCUCCUCGAUCAAUCUUCCCUUCCGUCGGUUCCUGCCUAGCCUUCGGUUCACUAUCGACCUGAAUGCCGCUAGGACUGGCAUGAAAACGCAUGGCUGCAUGGUUAUGUUGCGCUUGUUUGGGUUGGUGCUGGUGGUGGUCAUGGUCUACGUGUUCUUCAUUUCGGAUCUCUUCAAUUUCAAUUCCCGAUUUAUGAUGGGCCAGUCGUACAGCGCAGCUUCGGUGGAGAAUUUCAUUCAGGGUCACAUCAACGAGACGAAUAUUGCGGAGAAUCUAAGAAGGGUGACGGAAUAUCCCCAUCUGGCUGGUAGCGAGGGGAGCUUUUUCCUUGCCGAAUGGAUUCGACACGAGUUUGAGGCUGCCGGCCUGGAUGAAAUCGAGAUGGAAGAGUACCAGGUGUAUCUGAAUUACCCGACGGCUGAGGGACGAAGGGUUGCUAUUGUAGACCCUCCCAAUUUAAGAUGGGAGGCGGCUCUCGAAGAAAAACACAGCGAUCCUAAAUAUUAUACUCCGGCUUUUCACGGGCAUUCGAAAUCGGGGAACGUCACUGGUCACCUUGUGUACGCCAACUACGGAUCGCGGGAAGAUUUCCAGUACCUAGCAGAUCAUGGCGUCAAUCUGAACGGUUCCAUUGCCUUGGUUCGUUAUUACGGAACUGAAUCCGAUCGGGCUCUGAAAGUCAAGGCCGCCGAACUCGCUGGUGCUGCGGGAUGUCUCAUUUACUCCGAUCCGGCUGAGGAUGGCUUUGUUCGAGGCCCCGCCUACCCAGAUGGACGCUACAUGCCAUCGGACGGGGUCCAACGAGGCGCCGUGAGUUUGAUGUCGUGGGUCGUUGGGGAUGUUCUUUCUCCAGGCUUCGCAUCAACCCCGAAAAUGAAGACGAGACUCCGCCCCGAACAGACCACAGGGCUGGUAGGCAUUCCGAGUCUUCCCCUCGCCUGGCGCGAUGCCAAAAGGCUCUUGCAGGUGCUCAAGGGCCAUGGCUCCACCGUCCCAGAAGGUUGGGUGGGCGGAGUUCCAGAAGUGAAGCAUUGGUGGACUGGAGAUGAGUCGUCACCGAAAGUGAAUCUCAUGAACCUCCAGGAUGAGGUAGACCGUCAGCCCAUAUAUAAUGUGCUUGGACGCAUCGUUGGCCUGGAGGAGCCGGCCAAGAAAAUCAUUGUUGGGAACCAUCGGGACUCUUGGUGUUUCGGCGGUGCGGAUCCAGGAAGUGGAACUGCUGUUUUCUUAGAACUUGUUAGGGUCUUUGGAGAGCUCCUCACCUACGGCUGGCGACCAUUGCGAACCAUCGAAUUUGCCAGCUGGGAUGGAGAGGAAUACAAUUUGAUCGGCUCUACCGAGCACGUGGAGGAUAAAAUUGACUCCCUCCGGGAAAAUGCCUACGCAUACAUCAAUGUUGACGUUGGUGUCAGCGGCAAAGACUUUGAAGCAGCCGGAUGCCCUCUGUUUGAACGCGUUGUAAUGCAGGUCCUCGGUCGAAUCUCGGAUCCCAACACCAACGAAACCUUGAAAGCUAUCUGGGAAAAGAAGCAAAAAAGACUCGCGCCUCUCGGAGCUGGAAGCGACUACGUACCUUUCCAGGAUAUCGCCGGAACUUCCAGUGUAGACUUUGGGUUCAUAGGAGCGCCAUUCCCCUAUCACAGCUGCCACGAGAACUAUGACUGGAUGACAAAGUUUGGUGACCCCGGCUUCCAAUAUCACAAGACGCUGGGACAGUUUUGGGGAUUAUUGCUGAUCCAGUUUGCGGACAAUCCCAUCCUGCCCUAUGAUGUUGAGGUAUAUGCGGAGCAUUUAGCCGGAUAUGUUGUCAACCUGGAGAACUGGGCGCGGUCCAAGGAUGUCCCCAUUGAUAACGCGGCUGCGGGAGAGUCCGCUGUCAACCUAACGCCCCUUUACAAUGCUACGGCAAAAUUCCGAAGCAGUGCCGAGCAGUUCCAAAGGUGGCCAAGCAUCUGGCAUGACGCCGUAUGGGGUGCUGGGGGGUUUGAGAACAACGUCAUGGCCCUGCAGCGCAUGUCUCAUAAUUCUCGGAUGGCGCAGCUUGAUACCAACCUUCUUGACAAGAAGUAUGGCGGUGGGGUACCCAACCGAACGCAAUUCAAACACGUUAUCUUCGGGCCCCAGCUCUGGUCCGGUUACGACGCAGCUAUCUUUCCAGCCAUCCAGGACACAAUUGAGACGAGAAACUGGACUCUCGCCCAGGAAUGGGUGAACCGAGUCUCUGAUAUCAUCCUCGACGCAAGCGACAAGCUUCUGCAUGACUGA